UGACAUGAAACCCAUACGCCGAGUAUGUCGGCCGCUGUGAUAAUGACUAGCAGCGCAUUCCUCUGGCCGGCAGUGCGAAUAAUGAAGUCACUGUGACUUUAAGAAGCGAUUGCUCAGCCCCCGAGCCGCUCACAAUCAGCAGGAGGUGCGCUUUGAUCUGCCUUCCCUUGUGCUCACACAGUGCAUCGCUCUCUCGUCACCUUCCAUUGCACUACUUUCACUCGUCACAACUUCUCCAGCCUCCCCACAACUUUCUCAUGCUGCACCGCCGGCCGUGACUUCCAGCAGCCUCUUAGUCUUAGCACUGCCUCCCCCUUCCCCUUCACACACGCAGAGAAAUGCCCCAAAUGAACAGCGCCGGGGAGGAUGACUUGGGCGCCAGCGAUGAAAUGAUCUCGUUUAAGGAUGAAGGGGACCAGGAAGAAAAGAUACGGGAGAACGGCUUUACCGAGAGGGACCUGGCUGAUCUCAAGUCGUCGCUCGUCAACGAGUCCGAAGUCGCCUCACAUCCCCGAGUCCCUGAAACUCAUCCCGAGGCGAUCCGUCGCGCACAGGAUGUCCAGCUGGUGUAUCAGGACAAAUUCUCCGCUCACAUGGAAGAUGGUAUUAAACACCAAGACGAAGGUAUGUACAAAGGAUCUGGAUAUCCCGGCUACCCAUUCCUUAUGUUAUCGGAUCCCUACCUUUCCAACGGAUCUGUGUCGGCGCUGUCCAACAAAGUUCCUGUGGUACAGCCGUCACAUGGUGUUCAUCCUCUCAUUCCCUAUAAUAGCGAGUCCUUCAGCCAUGGCUCCCAUUCUCCACACCUUCCUGUCGAUCUGAAUCAGAAGCAAGGUGUCCACAGACCUUCCCAAACACCUGAUGUUCCCACCUUCUACCCCUUGCCUUCUGGAGGAGUUGGACAGAUAUCCCCUUCCAUGGGGUGGCAAAGCCAGCCUGUCUAUCCUAUCCCUUCUUGUGGGUUUAGACAGCCAUACUCGGCGACAAUGUCCUCCGGCCCUUCCUAUUCCAGGUUUCCUCAUCCUCUGAUGCUCAGCCCCAGCAUGCACACAACAGGGAUUCCUCACCCAGCCAUAAUACCCCACUCAGGAAAUAAAGACAUGGACAUCUACGAAAGAAAUAUGAAGCAACAUUCAGAGCCAAAGAGAGAAAAAGAGCCCAAGAAACCUGCUAUUAAGAAACCAUUAAAUGCCUUUAUGCUCUACAUGAAAGAAAUGAGGGCAAAUGUUAUUGCAGAAUGCACGCUAAAAGAAAGCGCAGCCAUUAAUCAGAUCCUAGGGAGAAGGUGGCAUGCAUUGUCCAGAGAAGAACAAUCAAAAUACUAUGAAUUGGCCAGAAAAGAGAGGCAGUUACACAUGCAGUUAUACCCAGGCUGGUCUGCAAGAGACAACUAUGGAAAAAGAAAGAGAAGAACCAGAGAAAAGCACCAGGAUUCCAGUUCAGACCCCGGCUCCCCUAAGAAAUGCAGAGCUCGCUUUGGCCUCAACCAACAAACGGACUGGUGCGGCCCAUGCAGGAGGAAAAAGAAGUGCAUUCGGUACUUACAAGGAGAAGGACGAUGUGGCAGCCCAGUUUCUUCCGAUGGAAGUGCUAUAGACUCUCCUCCUUCUCCAAUAAAUUCACUGCAAUGCCUACCAUCUUCUGCUUAUCCUUCAGCCAAGCUUUCUAGCCCUGCUGAUACUGCAGAAAGUGCUCAGACUUUCUCUCCAUCUUCAUCUAGCACGGCCAGAUCCAGCCUUGUAUCCGCAGGAUAUAAGGGAGCAUUCUUGUCCGAAACUGUCAAUGCAUCUAAAAACUCUUGAAUUCGGGACCCACUUUAAAAUACUGUAGCACCAUCUUGGUCACAGUAACUGUUUUUAAUGCUUCAUUGGACAUUUUGUAACUGCUCUUACACUUUUCUGUAGCUUCUGAGGGCUCCUCGGUUAUGGUUUGUAAGCUCAAGACUUGGGAAAACGUUGCAUUGUUGCCCAAUCAUUUGGACUUUUUAUAGAGCUUCAUCAUUUUCUUUCUCCCCUGUUCGCCUUGGAAAGCUUUGGCUUUAUACAUACUGUUUGCAACCCCUGCAACAUAUCUUAGUGCACAAUAUUUUUUAUUGCUUCCUAUUGUACGUUAUUUUGCAGUAAUGUUUACCCAAGUCUAUAACAAAAUCAUAAGAACUAGAUAAAAAAAUCCACCCAAAACCUAGCACUUGAAAUGUAUGUGACGGCAACAUACCGCAGCUUUAGAACAGGAAUUGGUCGGAAAGCAGAUCUAGAGGAGCUACAAGAUUUUUUUACCGAGGCAGAGGGCUAUUUUGGCACCAGUUCUUAACUUUUUCCCUUUUAAACUUUUGUUAGAGGCCAGGCAAAGGGCCUCAUUCAGUCUCCUGUUAAUAAGAUUCUACAGAGAUUAGAUACCACUGAAUUUCACCUUUGAAUAUUGUACACCAACCGAAUGCAAAAAAAAAAAAAAAUAUAUAGAAAAUAAAAUACAAAACAAAAAUAAAAUUCUGUAGUCUAAUAAAGAGUUUACUGAUCAUAUAAAUGCGCAGAACCACAAGUUAUAACUAUUUCUUAGCAAGAUAUUUUCCAUAGUAGGUUGCCCACUUUCUUAACAUGUGUUGCACCCUUUAACCCAAUCAGAAAAAGGCGACUUAUUCAAGAAAUUCAGCACCAGCAGCCAAUAACUGCAUUUAUGGGCACUUAUUGUUAUAAAUCUGUCCAUGUAUUCUCAUUAUGUGUUUACAAAAAUCUUAUACCCAACAGUAUUAAAUGGUGAAUCGUUUUGUAAAACUGAGCCAGAGCCAUUUAUACCCUAAAUAGCUAAUGGUCAUGAUGUCAGAGGAAAAGUGUUGAGCUGGUCAUAGACUAACCAUUCAGAUCCAAUAAUGUAGUAAAAGAACAGAUCAGACGAUGCUCUGGACGGGAUGUACGAAUGUUAUGUCCGACAAAUUGUAGUGACAGUCACCCAUUGAUACAUGCAGAGGAAUUAUCGUUGGCCAACAGAAAUUUUUUUUAUCUGUGCGAUCGACUAAACAACUGAUCGACAUGGCACAAAAAAUAUCUGGACAACCCGUUUUCCGAAGUUGCCUCAAGAGGAAACGUCGGGCUACUUCGGAAAAUGAAGCGCCCCGAGUGCCAACCUGCUGGCAAUUUAGAUUCUAGCCGGCGGGAAGGCAGUUCAGGCAGAUUAGUCGCCCAAAGAAGAUGCGAUUUGUCGCCGGGCGACUAAAUCUCCCCUAAUCUCUACGCGUGUCUCGGUCCUUAAAGAGAAAUGCAUACUUCCACUCAGCUUGCGUAGUGCUGACAUCAGCUGGGAUUUCUGGGAUGCUUUUCUGUCUGUACCACUCUGUUACCCCAAACUUGUGUCCAAGUUUAAUAUAAGGUCACUUAUCCACAUUUUUAUCCUGUCUGAUUCUAAGAGUCUGUGCACGCAAAUGUUUGAAGAUGUUGUGCUCCUAAGCAUAUGGAUUCCUUGUCUUCUUCGUUUGCUCAUCUUUUUUUGUGCUACUGCAUCUCCUCCAUAGAGACAGGACUCGGGGAUACUCUAAAUCAGUGAUCCCCAACCAGUAGCUCGUGAGUAACAUGUUGCUCCCCAACCCCUUGGAUGUUGCUCCCAGUGGCUUCAAUGCAGGUGAUUAUUUCUGAAUUCCAGGCAUAAAAACCAUGUGCACUGCCCAACAGACCCACCUGUAAGCUGCCAGUUAGCAUAGGGGCUACUAAUAGCCAAUCACAACCCUUAUUUGGCACCACCCAGGAAUAUUUUUCACGCUUGCGUUGCUCCCCAACUCCGAAUGUUGCUCACAGGUGAAAAAGGUUGGGGACCCCUGCUCUAAAGAGAAACUCCAGUCCAUAACGGAAUCAACUGCUAUUUACAUCCAAAGACCAAUAUUUUAAUAUAUAGAAUUAUAAAAAUAGCUGCAUCUGUUGAGGCCCAAGUAACUGUGCGUAUAACAAUACUUGCCUUCCUUGGAACAGCCUACAUGUUUUGUGCCGUGCAGAAUCCCAACCAACUAUUAUUUUAAUAUUUUUUGGAGGUAGAAGGAAAACAAAUCCCCAGUUCUAAAGCUUAAUUCUGGAAGUGGAUAUAAACCGGUAUCCAGUGGGACAUUAAUAAGCUUAUAUUAAAGCAGAAUGGGUACCAUGAUGAAAACCAACUUCUUUAAAAAGUCCACAAUGUGGUGCUUUACAUCAUCAUAUUGAUGAGCAACGGUUAUUUGGAAACAAAGUGGGGCCUUAUGACAUCAUUUCUUCUAUUUUUUUUAAUUUUACAACUGUGUGUAUUUGUGUCAUGGAAACAUUGGCUUUUGGGUAAAAUGAUGUAUUUUAGCAGAGUACCUAUUUAGUCUUAGUUUAUUCUAUUUAGUCCUUUCCAUAUGCGAGUGCUAUCGGCAGUAACAUUUUCUCAUGAGGCAUGCUCUUUUUGCAAAUGUUUUUGAAUGGAAGGAAGUUGAAUGUGCCUUGAAAUUUCAAGAGAUCCACUUCUCUGUGCCACAGAAUAAGCUUUAAAAUAUUAUGCCGUGUCAAUUCAUUGUUUAGUUUUUCAGUACAGUAUUUGUGUGCAGAGAGAACCCGACCAGUGGCUCAGGGAAAAGUCGGGCAUUGUUUUGGUGAGAAAUGUAUUAGCUUGAUAAGACUGGUAAAGUAUUAUGGACUAGAAACAGAACAACACUUGGGCUACAUUACCAGAAAGGAAACGAGCAACAAAAAACAAACGUUCGCCAUGAAAAAAAAAACUGGCUGGAUCGCCUUGGUAAUCUUUGGUUCAGAUUUUUAUGGGUGACGCAAAAAUGUUUUUUUAUGAGGAAAUGCAUGAGACUGCUUGACUAUUUCUAACCAAACUGGCAGAUGAUGCUUUGGGCCAACUUAUUCUUUUUUUUUUGUUGUGUGUGUUUAUAGUUUUUUUUUUUUUUAAGUUGAAUAGAUAUAGGUUGGUCAGAAUAGAAAAUCCUCUUUCCAAAUUAGCAAACUUGUUGCCAUGUGCCCACAAUUGCUUGUCUACGAAUCUGCAACGAAGCCAAACCAACGGUUCUACCUUCCGUAACUAGUAAAAAUUUGUGUUGUUUUUUUAAAUUUGUAUGACUUUAAAUGGUU